CGUUCGAACGGCCAUAAUUGGAUUAAUCCGCAGCUUUUGGUGUUUGCGUGCGAAAAUCGACGCAAAAACGCAUUUAAAGAAGUCAUUAACAGCCGCAACGAUCAACGGCCAAGCGGCAACGUGCAACGUCAACAAAAUGAUUUUAAGAAUACUUGCGCUGUGUCUGCUGAGUGCCGCUCAGGCGCAAUAUCAUCAGUUUGGGGCGCAACUGCAGUCGCCUCAUGGCUCGGACUGUGCCCUGCUGUUGGCCGGACCGGGUCGUUCCUCCGUCUAUGACUACAAUGUGAAUUUGUUUCGCGGCACGCUAAACCCCUACAGCAGCGGUGCGGGCACUUGCAUUACCUACGAUGCCAUCAAUGCGGCCUAUUCGGAUGCACGCAAGCGUAUACAUGUGGCCGAGCCCAAGUCCGAUUGGAAGCCCGAGGAGCUGGCCACCGUGGGCGAGCUGCUGCUCGAUAUAUCCAUACAGUUGGCGCGCACCUAUGGCCUAUCCUAUGAGGAAAUCGAGAAGGGUCUGCCCACCAUAGACACCUCCAAGACGUUGAUUCGCGAGGUCUGCCCGCCAUUCUUUGCUGGCGUCGAAUGCCGACCGGGCAAAUAUCGCCGUUUCGAUGGGCUGUGCAACAAUAUUGAGCAUCCCACCUGGGGCGCUACCAAUUCGCCUUUUCAGCGCCUGAUUGGUCCACUCUAUGCGGACGGCAUCAAUGCACCGCGCAUUUCGGUUACCGGCCACGACUUGCCCUACUCGCGUGUGGUCUCGCGCACAAUGCAUCCAGAUGAUGGGUAUCAUGAUCACGCGGGCACCGUUAUGGUCAUUGCCUGGGGCCAGUUCAUGGAUCACGACUUUACGCUGACUGGCACGCCUUUGGAUCCCAUCAAUCGCAACGAUCCGGAGGAGUGCUGCAAGCGACCGCUGCACCGGAAGCAUCCCUAUUGCAAUGAGAUACGCAUUCCCGAUGACGAUUACUUUUAUCGGCUCUUUAAUGUCAAGUGCAUUGAUUUCGUGCGCGGCUUCCCAUCACCAAGACCCGGCUGUCGCUUGGGUUCUCGUCAGCAGUUCAACACCUUGACUGGCGUCAUUGAUGCCAAUACUGUUUACGGCGUUAAGGAAUCGUUUGCGCGUAAGCUGCGCACUGGCUACGGCGGUCUGAUGCGCAUGAAUCCCGUAUUCCAGGAGUAUGGCUUGAAGGAUUUGCUGCCCCUGAAACUGGACAUACCCGAUGAGGGCUGCACGCGCCCCAACAAGAGCAUGUAUUGCUUUGAGGGCGGUGAGAUCCGUGUUAACGAGCAGCUGGUGCUGACCUGCAUGCACACGCUCAUGGCCAGGGAGCACAAUCGUCUGGCCACGGGUCUGGCUCAAAUUAACCAUCACUGGGAUGACGAGACGCUGUUCCAGGAGGCGCGACGCAUCAACAUUGCCAUAGUGCAGCAUGUCACCUACAACGAGUUUCUGCCCAUUCUGCUCGGCAAGGAAGUGAUGGAGAAGUUUGGCCUGGUGUUGCAGAAGGAUGGCUACUGGGAUGGGUAUGAUCCGAAUGUCAAUCCUGGCAUCAUUGACUCAUUUGCUGGCGCUGCCUUCCGCUUUGGCCACUCAUUGCUGCCCACCGCCGUGGAGCGCUGGUCGAAGGCACACAAAUUCAUAGCCUCCAAGCGUUUGUCGGACCUCAUUCGACGCCCUUAUGAUUUGUAUAGAGCUGGCGUGCUGGAUGAAUACUUUAUGGGUCUAAUGAAUCAAGUGGCACAGGCCAUGGAUGACUCCAUUACCCAAGAGGUCACCAAUCAUCUCUUUAAAAAAGAGGGCGCGCGCUUUGGCAUGGAUUUGGUCUCAUUCAACAUGCAGCGUGGACGUGAAUUUGGCAUACCCGGCUACAUGGAGUUCCGCAAGUUCUGCGGUCUGCCCACAUCCAACACGUGGGAUGAGAUGUACGGCUCCAUGCCAAACGAGACAGUUCUACGCUAUGGCAGCAUAUUCGAACAUCCUGCCGAUAUUGAUUUGUGGUCUGGUGGCGUCUCGGAGAAGUCCCUGCCUGGCUCCAUGCUGGGACCCACGUUUGCGUGUAUAAUUGCCACACAGAUGAGCUACUUGCGUCGCGGCGAUCGCUUCUGGUAUGAACUGCCCAAUCAGCCUUCCUCCUUUACACCCGAGCAGCUGCAGGAAAUACGCAAGGCGAAGCUUUCGCGUUUGAUUUGCGACAAUACCGAUUUGAUUGACACCGUGCAAAUCUAUCCCAUGGUUCUGCCAGAUCACGAAAUCAAUCCACGCGUGCCCUGUAAGAGCGGCAUUAUACCCUCUAUGGAUCUAAGCAAGUGGGCUGACUUCGGCAGCCAUGGUCUGGACUCAUCUGUCUAUAACUAUAUCAAUGAAAUACCCGACACGCUGCUCAACUUUAGAAAGUAAACAUCAUUUUAUUAAUUAUUUUUCUACAUACAUACCAUAUUGGACAUAGCUGUACACCUUUUGCAAGAAGCCAAGAACCACAAGUCUUUGGCAUUUGUUUUCCAGUUCUGCAUUCUUAGUAUCUCCCACUACCGCUUAGUCUCUUUUACUAGUCUUCUCUCUUGCUGCAACGCAUCCUUCGCACUAAUGCAUUCUAAAGACAGUCAAUUUUAGUUUCACACUGCCAUUUUCUAUAGUGAUUUCCAACAUUUCCAUGCAUUUUCCAUACAUUUUUUUGUAUAUAUGUAUUAUUUUAAAAUAGCAAAAAUACAGGGUAAGUUACAAGAAGGUCGUUCAACAACACACAAGACCUUUAAUAAUGUUUAAACAUACGAAUAUUUCGUUGUAAGUUUUGU